AUGGUGCUGCUGGCUUCUCUUCUGUUUGCUGCUUUCGCCGGUGCCAAAUGCUUCGAACCUGACAUUGCGCAUCCGCCGCCUGAGUACAAUGUCCACGAUCCUCUGCUCAAGGAAGCAUUCGAAUCCAUCAACACAGCACUUACGGCAGCUGUGGCAGCGCCCAUACAUGCUCGAAGCUCGUUUUCUGUAGAGGUAACCUCAUCGGAGGAAACUCUAUGGUCGUAUCAUCACACGGCGUUCGAACGCAAUGCCUCUCGCCCAGAUAUACCCAAAGUCAACGGCGACGCGUUGUAUCGUAUCGCUAGCAUAACGAAGACCUUCACCGUCCUGGGCAUAUUGUACCAGCACGCAGCUGGCAACUUGAGUUUAGAUGAAACUGUGAACACGUAUCUCAAAGAACUGGGAGAAAAGUCGGAUGGUGGCAUACCAUGGAAGGACAUCACCUUGCGUAGUUUGGCCAGCCAGCUGAGCGGCCUUCCGCGGGAAUGGGCUCAAGGCGACUUGAUCAAUCAAAACUACGAAAAGCUGAAUCCGAGUUACUUGGGCCUACCGCCUGAUGUCUCACGGAAAGGGUUGCCACAUUGUGACGAGUACUCACCAAAUUUCGAGACGCCUUGCACGGCCAGAGAUUUGUUUAAGCAGGUCAACAAGCUCGCGCCGCUUUUCGCGCCCAACCAGAAAUCUUCCUACUCUAAUCUCGCGUUCGAGCUGCUCGGUCUCGUGCUCUCGCGGGUAUCGAAUCGUACCUACGAAGCUUACAUCGAUGAAGCCAUAUUCAAGCCUCUGAACAUGUCGACCAGCACCCUUUCGAAACCCGCCGACUCUGCUGGCGUCAUUCCGGCAGGCCCACAGUUCUGGGACGUGCAAGAGGGUGUUCAGAAUCCCACGGGCGGCAUCUAUAGUUCCUCGAGUGACCUGUCCAAGUACCUCCGCUAUGUCUUGACUCAUUUCAAUGCCAUUACCCACGCGAUCAAUUGGCUGCACCCCGUCUCCCAUUCCCACGGAUCCAAUAGUUUUUACGGUAUGCCAUGGGAGAUCUUCACAACAGACCGCGUACUAAAAGACUCCAAUCGCACAAUACGCGUCGUAUCCAAGAGCGGAGGAUUACCGGGCUACACUUCCAUCAUCAUGACAGUGCCAGAAUACGACCUAGGGAUCACCAUUCUGAUCGCCGGCCCUGCCAAGAUCUUUGCCAAGAUCCAAAGUAUUGUUUUGACGACCAUGAUACAAGUCGCCGAGAAGAUUGCCAUCCGGCAGUUGGGUGAUCGCUACGCCGGCACAUAUAGCGCGGCAGAUCCAGAACUGAAUUCUACGGUGAUAUUGACAGCCGACCACCGCGGUCUUGUUGUCACAACCUGGAUAUCGAAUGGAACAGAUGUCUUCAAAUCGCCCAUUGUCAAAGAUGGCGCGCCGGAGCACUACUACGCACAACUCAGCCCUACACUCCUCUACCGCGACGAGGAGACACAGCGAGGCGAAGAGUGGCGUGCGAUGUUCGUCGAGGAGCGUGAAGGUGGGCCGCCGGAUGAUUUCUGCAUCGAUGAUUGGGACAUGUCCUCUUAUGCGGGUAUACCCUUGAAUGCAGUCGCGUUCUGGGAUGAGCAAGAAGACGGUCACUUCGGGAAGCUGGAAUUGUCGGCCUUCAGGGUGAAUCUUACAAGAGCAGACUGGAAGGGGGGAAAGAAUAGGGAGUAUGAUCAACAAGAGGCGAUGGAGCUCUGA